AUGUUUAGCAACGAUGGUGGUGCUCCGGCGCCAGUGGCAAUUGUUGGCAUGUCCUGCCGUCUUUCAGGAGGCGUCUCAACGUUGGAUGACUUUUGGACGUUGCUGUCGCGCUCUCGCAGCGGCUGGUGUGAGAUACCAGAGCAUAGAUUCUCUAAGGAUGCCUACUAUCAUCCAAACCCACAGAAGAAAGGAUGCAUCAAUGUCCGUAGCGGAUACUUCCUGGAUCGGGAGUUGUCUACAUUUGACGCUCCCUUUUUCAAUAUUACAGAUCAGGAGACUUUAGCCAUGGAUCCGCAGCAACGACAACUACUCGAGUGUGCCUACGAGGCCUUCGAAAAUGCUGGCAUCCCGAAAGAAUCGAUCGCAGGGCGCAACAUCGGUGUGUUCGUUGGCGGACGUUCAUCGGAUUACCGAGUUGGUUCGCUGCGCGACCUCAAUCAAAUGCCAAUGUUCGAUGCGACGGGCAACCAUCAGUCUAUUCAAGCUGGGCGUCUGUCAUACUAUUUUGACCUGCGAGGACCCUGCUAUACGGUCGACACAGCGUGCUCCUCGAGCAUGUAUGCGUUGCAUCACGCAGUGCAAAGUAUCCGGUCUGGAGAGUCGGAGCAGGCCAUUGUUGCUGGAUGCAGCCUGCACCUGCAGCCGGAUGACGCCGUCUCGAUGUCCAUGCUUGGGAUAUUCAAUAGUCAUGGCAAGACGUUCUCCUUUGACCAUCGAGCCGAAUCAGGUUUCGCGCGAGGCGAGGGUAUUGGCUGUCUAGUACUGAAGCCGCUGGAUCAGGCACUGAAGGACAAUGAUAAGGUAUGGUCCGUCAUUAUCAAUACGGGUACUAAUCAAGACGGCAAAACCAUUGGCCUGUCAACCCCGAGCGGUGAAGCGCAGGAACGAUUGAUGCGCGACGUGUACGCGAAGGCCGGAAUCAAUCCCGAGGACGCCGGGUUUGUUGAGGCCCAUGGUACAGGAACCAAGGUUGGUGAUCCAAUCGAAGCUGCCGCGUUAUAUCAGGUUUUUGGGUCGGGCCGGACCAAGAGAGCACCGCUGUAUAUUGGCUCUGUGAAGUCAAACGUCGGCCAUCUUGAGAAUGCGAGCGGCAUCAUAUCAAUUAUCAAGGCAUCUCUCAUGCUGGACAAAGGAUUCAUUCUGCCGAACAUAAACUUCGAAAAGCCCAACGACAAGAUUCCACUCGACCGUUGGAACAUGAAGGUACCAGUAAAUAUCCGUCCUUGGCCUAAGGACAAACGCUUCAUCAGUGUCAACAAUUUUGGUUUCGGAGGCUCAAACGCCCACGCUGUAUUAGCACGCAGCCCUCUGACAUCGUCGGAGCUACCACAGGAGUCCGAAGCUCAAGCACCAAAGUUGUACGUUCUUUCAGCCCACGACGAGACAGCCGCCAAGAGGAUGGUCUCGCAGCUCAGCGUCUACCUCGAACAGCACCCAGCGGUUUUCCAAAAGCGUCUGCUCCGGGACGUGGCAUACACUCUGGCGAACAGGCGGUCUCACCUGCCAUGGCGCAUCGCCUUGGUAGCGGCAAAUGUCGACCAUCUCGCUUCAGCCCUGAACAAUCCCACAACUCUUCCAACUAGGUCCUUUGGGCCACCAAAGUUGGCUUUCGUUUACACAGGACAAGGAGCUCAGUGGGCGGCCAUGGGUCGGGAGCUGAUACAGAGCCACCACGUAUUCGCCGAGGUACUCCAGGCUGCUGACCAAUGCCUUCAAAGACUUGGUGCAGACUUCUCCCUUAUCAAAGAAUUAGCCAAAGACAAGAGCAUAUCGAAUAUUGCCCAGGCACACAUCAGCCAACCUGCGUGCACAGCUAUUCAGCUAGGCUUGACGGUAUUGCUGGCGUCUUGGAGAGUCCGACCGUCGGCGGUGACUGGCCACUCAAGCGGUGAGAUUGCCGCCGCGUUUGCCGCAGGUGCUAUCUCACUCGACGAUGCAAUGGCGAUCGCGUAUCAUCGCGGACAAGCAGCCCGCAAAUUGAAGACCAACUAUCCUCAUCUUCGUGGAUCCAUGCUUGCUGUUGGUGCCGGGGCCGUUGAGGUGAAAGAAAUCAUCCGCAACCUUUCCUUGACACGGGUGGUGGUGGUGGCGUGUGAGAACUCGCCAGCGUCCGUCACAAUGUCGGGCGACGAAGAGGCUGUCGACCAGCUUGCUGCGGAGCUCACUGAACGAGAAAUAUUCAACCGCAAGCUACAUGUGGACAUGGCAUACCAUUCUCCUCAUAUGCAGCUCGCUGCUGAGGACUAUCUGGACGCAAUUCAAGGUAUAUCCUCUACCAUGGGGUCUGAUGUCAAGUUUUAUUCCUCUCUGUUGGGCACGCAGCUUGAUUCAGCAACUGACAUGGGUCCAUCGUACUGGGUUGAUAACUUGACUCGCCCUGUGUUGUUUUCUCCGGCGAUGCGGGAGCUCAUCGACAUGUCAUCGCCAAAUCUCGUUAUCGAAAUUGGACCUCAUUCUGCCCUGGAAGGUCCCAUAAAGCAGAUCAUCAAGACUUCUGGACACCAAGGUGCUGCAAAAGUCAAAUACCACGCCUCAUUGGUGCGCAACCAGGAUGCGACGGCUUCUAUGGUUGAGUUGGCAGCUGCGCUAUUCGUCAAAGGCCAGUCCAUUGACUUCGAUGCCAUCAACGAGACAGAUCCUGGUCUGCAGAAGCCAGCACUCAUUACGGACCUCUAUCCGUAUCCCUGGUCGAACCACAUGUACUGGCAUGAAUCGCGCGUAAGCAGGCAACAUCGCCUUAAGCCUUACGGCAGACAUGAUCUGCUGGGUAUAUUACAGGACUCCUACAACGAGACACGGCCAUCCUGGUGCAAUGUGAUCAAUUCAGAUGAAAUACCAUGGCUUAAGGACCAUCAAAUGCAGUCUCUGGUAACCUUUCCCCUGGCCGGCUACCUCUGCAUGGCAGUUGAGGCGGCGUCGCAGCGAGCCCAGCUCAGGGGGGUGAGUCCAGAGCAGGUCGACGGAUUCAAGUUGAGGGAAGUGCAAGCAUCCAAAGCCUUCAUUCUUGAUGAUGGCGAGGAAUACGAGACCUUAGUCACCCUGCAAGCAUAUGCAGAGGGCACUCGGUCUUACUCGGAUGACUGGGACGAAUUCUGCAUCUCAUCGUGGUCACAUGCCAGAGGAUGGAUUGAGCACUGCCGAGGCCUAGUUGCCAUCAAGAAGGCAGGCCUAGGUAGUACAGUCGGUCCUUCCAGUGUCUUGUCCACAGCUGGUCGUCUGGCGUCAUCCAAUGGUGUCACGAAUGAAGUGUCUCUGGAGAGUUUCUAUUCCGAACUGGAUAGCCAUGGAGCUGGCUACGGGCCAAUAUUUCGCAUCCAGUCCUCAGAUGUGAAGACCUGUGGGAGAUAUUCGACAGCCAAGGUCAAGGUCCCCGAUACCUCGUCAACCAUGAACUCAAACUACGAGACUGUUUCCAUCUUGUCUCCACCGUUCAUUGAUCUCAUUAUUCAGCUCACAUUCCCGAUCCUGGGAGCGGGUUGUGGUGACAUGAAAUCCUUAUUCAUGCCUUCCGCCAUUAAGGAGGCUGAGUUCAGCAUAUCGGUCCCUAGAACCACUGGAGAUGAGGUCGAAGUCGUAGCUGAGCGAUCAUCCAUAGCGGCAGAUAACGCACCAGUAGACUUUUGUAUACAAGCUUGGUGUACUCCCGACGGAACCCAGCCGGUGGUGAAACUUGACGGCUUCCGCAUGAUGCCCGUGCAAGGAGUCUGCACUCAAGUUCGGGCCCCACGGCCACUCUGCUAUAAAGUGAAAUGGGAAUCAUUCAUCAACAAAUCAUCCAGAUCUGUGGGAGAGAUCAAUGGUACGAGUAGCAGCGGAUUCCAGGAGGGUUUGGUCCAUAAUUGCGUGGUCCCGAACGGCGCGAUACAGAAUGGUAUACAGCACGUACCUGAUACAAAUGGCGAUCUAUCCAAAAGGAGUUUGGAUUUCACAGAAAAACAAGUAAUCGUCAUCUCGAGCAAGGCGAGAACCGACCCGCUUCUUCGGUGUUUGAUAAGUCUGAUACAGGACCGUUCAGGCAUCGAACCGACUGUUUGCAGCUUUGAGAACGUCGAGGUCUCACAGAGUCCUUACAUCUGUCUCUCCGAGUUAGAUGCGCCCCUGCUUUACAACAUGUCCGCGGCUACGUUCGAAAGGGUACAAAAGCUCCUCCUUGGGUGUUCUUCAAUCCUCUGGGUUAGCUCUGGUGCCUACAUGAACGCAGAGAGGCCACACAUGAAUGUUGCACAAGGACUUCUCAGAACAGUUCGUUCGGAAUUAAGCAAGGCUGCAGCGACCUUAGAUCUGAGUCCUUCAUCCCAGCUAAACCCCCUACGAAGUUCAGAGCUUAUAAUUCAAGCUCUCGAAGCAAUACUUGAUCCAGUGGUUGAUGGUGUAGCAUUGGACUACGAGUUUGCUGAGGAUAGCCAGGGCAAUCUCAUGGUACCCCGGGUCUAUCAGGAAAAGGAGAUGGACCUGGCAUUGUGCCGUGAGACGCAAGUCUCAGACCCUUAUGUUCAAGAUUUUGAACAGCCUGGUCGGCCCCUAAAGAUCGCAAUCGAAACACCUGGCGCACUUGACUCGAUCUAUUUUCUUGACGACGCAGAUGUAAAGCGACCGUUGGGUAAAGACGAGAUUGAGGUCAGGCUUGCGGCUACAGGUGUGAACUUCAAAGACGUGGUUAUUUCCAUGGGCCAACUCGUCAGCCCUUACAUCGGCAUAGAGUGCAGCGGAACCGUCACUAGAGUUGGUGACAAGGUGAAGUCGCUUUCGGUCGGGGACCGGGUUGCCGCCAUGUCCUUUGGUGCUUACAGCACGUUUGCCCGAUGCCCAGCAACUAGCGCUGUUGUUAUUCCCAACGAUAUGAGCUUCGAAACUGCAGCCUCCAUUCCCGUAGUAUACAGCACUGCAUACUACGGCCUCAUUGAGUUGGCGCGAUUGCGAGCAGGAGAGCGCGUGCUUAUUCAUGCUGGGUCCGGCGGUGUCGGCCAAGCAGCCAUUCAACUGUCACAAAUGAUCGGGGCGGAGAUCUAUGCUACCGUUGGCAGCGCGGAGAAGAAAAAGUUCCUUGUCGAUACAUACGCAGUCCCCGAAAGCCACAUAUUCUUCAGUCGUAGCACUGCUUUUGGCGCAGACCUCAAAGCGGCGACAGGGGGUGCGGGCGUCGACGUCGCCAUAAAUUCUCUGGCCGGUGAUUUACUGCGUGAGACCUGGGAGUGCAUGGCACAUUUCGGUCGCUUCAUUGAGAUUGGCAAGAGAGACAUUACGGCCAAUACAAGGCUUGAGAUGAGCAAGUUUGAGUAUAACUGCACAUUCAGCUCAGUGGAUCUUACGCUUGUUGCCACGGAGCGUCCGAUUGUAAUGGGGCGAGUUCUGACUGCCGCAAUGGAUCUCUUGCGUAAGGGUCUGGUGAAACCCAUCUCUCCCAUCAAUUUUGUAGAGAUGUCGGACAUAGUGACUGUAUUGAGGGGUUUGCAGAGCGGAAAGACGCUUGGGAAGCUUGUGGUUAAUCACCAAGCUGGUGGCCGAGUUAAGGCAACACAUCCCCCAGUUAAAUCUACCUUGCUACCACAUGACGCUACCUACGUCAUUGCUGGUGGCACAGGGGGACUGGGAAGGUCGAUAGCGAAAAGACUCGUGCAUCGGGGAGCUCGACACAUUGUGCUAUUAUCUCGCAGUGGCAAGCUCAACCAUCAGCUGUGCCAGCUAUCCGAAGAAGGCCAUAGGUUUGGGGCGGUCAUCGACGUCAAGGCCUGUGAUAUAGCAGACGAAGCAAGCGUGAGCGCUGUCAUUGCGACGAUACAGGAGACCAUGCCCCCCAUCCGUGGAAUGAUACAUGCUGCCAUGGUUCUCCGGGAUGUUCUUUUUGAGAAGAUGACUUUUGAGGAGUAUAGCCAGGUGGUUCGCAGCAAAGUCAACGGUGCUUGGAAUCUUCAUAACGCAUUGCUUGACACCCGUCUGGAUUUCUUUAUCAUGUUGUCUUCUGUCGCCGGUAUCGUCGGGAAUCGUGGUCAAGCUGCAUAUGCUGCAGCCAAUACUUUCCUCGAUGCUUUAAUGCACCAUCGAUUGAAUCAAGGCCUUGUUGCGACAUCCUUGGACCUUACCGCUAUCGAGGACGUUGGAUACCUGGCUGAGAACACGGAGAGGCAAACCCAGGUAUUGAAAACGCUCUCUGGAAACACCAUGGUUGAAUCUGAGGUCUUGACCCUGGUGGAGCUGUCAAUCAACGGCAUGGUUCAGGCGCACUGCGGUGGUCAAUGUGUCACCGGACUAGACUUCAGUGUUGCACCGGGGGCCGACCUUCCAUAUUACGCAUCCGAUGGCAGGUUUUCUCAUCUUCGGGACGCUGCUCUUGAUAAACGGAGCUGCAACGAUAUGUUGAACGGAGUUGCGUCGCUCUCCAUUUCUCAGAAGCUGCAGCGUGCACAGUGUGUAAGCGAGUGCGUAGAAAUCGUCACUGCGGGACUUUGUGACAAACUGGGGGCUAUAUUGAUGAUCCCAAAUGAGCUCAUGCUUACACAGAAGGCUUCGGUCUCCGUGGCAGCGCUUGGGUUGGACUCCUUGAACGCUAUUGAGUUGCGCAACUGGAUUGCGAAAGAGUUACUAGCGCAUUUGCAAGUGCUUGAGUUGUUGAUGAGCAGAAGUUUGGUGGAUUUGGCGUCGUUGGUCCUGAAGAAGUCAACGCUGGAGGGGGUCGUCGAAGAACCCAGCGAAGAGCCAAGGCGAUAA